AUGGCAAGGAGACGCAAAAGGAAAUCGCUCCUCCUGCUACUGUUGAUUGCUGUCGCCGCGCUUUGGAUGCUCCUCAUGCACUUCACAUUGUGGACGAUGGAGCGCCGGAAGGCGUCUAAUCCGGCGGCGGCGCCGGCGGUGGCAGGAGCUGCUGCCCAGGAGGCAACGGGUGUCUUCUCAGCCGAACGCGCGCCAGUGCCCAAGUCGACGCCUCAGGUAUGGGCGCUGGGGAAGUUGAUGGAGUUAGGGUACGAGCGAGAAACACACUUUGACCUGGACAGCCGCACUGCGUGGCGUUGGUCGAACGGGUCCUGUCCAAUGGCCGCAGCGGGCGUCCGGCCGCCCGUGGCGCGAAACCGCCACGCUCCCAUCGCCUACCUCACAUUCAUCUCCAACGAGAAGUUUGUGGAUGGGGCCUUGGUGCUCGGGGCGUCGCUGCGCAACACCUCCCGCUUUCUGCGGCACGGGGUGGCGGACCUAGUUGUCAUGGUCACUGCCAGCAGAGUCAGCGCGGCGUCGAGGAGACGGCUGCUUAGCGACGGCAGAUACACGCACGUGUUUGAGGUCCCCUCGCUGGCGGAACGCGUCCACGCGACGUCGGGCCCUUUUCGCGACACCUUAGACAAGAUCUACAUGUUUAACCUCACCAUGUAUGAGAAGCUUGUCUUUAUGGAUGCCGACAUGAUUGCGAUACGGAGCAUGGAUAGACUCUUCUCACGGCCCAAGGUGCGGAGCCCAGAGUACGUGGCGGCGGUGGGAGGCAAAGGCUACUUCCAGACCGGCAUGAUGAUCAUCAUUCCCACGCAGGAGAUGUUUAACUGCGUCUACGACAGGCUGCUUCAGGGGGCGCCGCCAAACGGGCGUCGCUUUAUCGGUCACGCGGCUCGUGACGGGGCGCUGCUGCGGGACGUCUUCCAGACCCGGUUCUACCCGAUAAACCCAAUGUACAGCCGCAACCUCAAUCCCCGGUAUCGCGUGGAUGUGAAGAUUCCUGGCGAGGGGACCAUCGUGGCCGUUCACCUGCGUGGCAUAAUAAAGCCGUGGUUCGACCGGCGGCUGCCAAACUUGCAUACCACACUUGGCAAGAAGGAGUUUGGCUUCACCUACCUGCAUUGGUGGACCUUGUACGAGGAGGAAGUACACAAAAAGAGUGCCUACUACUUGAAGGCGCUGCAGAUGCAAUCGGAGGGACGCGCACCAGGCUCUGAGUUCGUUGUAGUGGACGGCGUCGCGUUUGGGACGAAUGACACAAGUGCGAAUGGUGCGCCUAUCUCGCCCCUGACACAUGUGUGGAUGCAGCGGCACUCCAGGGAAGCGUACACGCAGCUUCUGUCGUCCGAGGACAAGCGGCGACGCAACCGCACACUUCCCUCCAUGCAAAAAAUUCCUAGCCCGGCCUUUGGUCUCUCAUGCGAUGCCGUGUGUGCCCAACGGGGGCUGCGGUGUGCCCCUGAAGCGCUGUACUUUACCUCGCUCAACGACUGCGAGGAGCUGCGGUCGGUGUUCGGUUGCAGCCGGUGUGAGCUGGGCGUCUACUGGCGGCCGCACCCCGGGAAUGACUUCCCCGCCGUGGAGGCGGUCUCGCGGGAGGUGGAGGACAGAGGGGGCCAGAGGUAUAGGCGGCGGCGGAGGAACCCGGCCACGCUUGUGUGCCGCUACAACUACUUGCGCGAUGCGCGGGGGCUUCCCAACUGCACGGCGAGCCACCCGACGACUCGUCGCUACUGCCCCUGCGUGCCCGCCCCGUGA